CGCAACUACAACAAGUGUUCUCUGCACGGCCAAUACCUAUAGUUUCACGACCAUCAGAGUCAGCGGGUGAAAAGGAUCGUGAGCCGUCGGCGCAUCGGGGAGUAUGGCAAUCCUUUCGAGAUUGGGUUGAUGAUUGGCGAGAGGAUUACGGGUCCGCAGAGGCGCAUCAGGACAUCACGACUUUGAUUGGGGACGCUGGGAUCGACCCACAGAUCAUCAGAAAGAUGAAGAUGGGAAGUAUCUCAAACCUGGUAAGUUCUCACAGUUCCUGUCCCACAUCCCAGUCUCCUGGCUGUAUAUUUGCAAUGGACUUACAUCUAUCAAGGUCGCUCCAUCUUUAAUGAUAGCCCGGCCUGGCCUUGGACAACAUCGUGACUCUAGCUAUGUACAGAACAACAACAACACAAGCUCUGGGAUUCCAACACCAGGUCAUCCAUGGACACAUUCGCGACCAUCUAGUUCUGGAUCUGAAACUCCGGGUACACCAAAGAAGGGCUAUGCUGGAGUUGAUCCUCAUGAAGUUACCCGGAGGCUGAAAAAGUUGAAGAAUAAAUUUGGACAUACCCUCGACGGAAAAGAUGCUAAACAAGCUAAAUACAUUCAGGCCAAGGCAGAACUGGCUCACCGGCGCAACUUGGUCUUGCUGAUGGUCUAUGCCUUCAUGGCUUAUGGUGCACCAUCACACCGCAUCGAAGAGUAUACUCUUGCGCUAUUCAAAGCACUCGAUAUGGAAGGUCGUGUCAACUAUACAGUCGGAUGCACGGAUAUCUCGUUUAUCAACCCAGUGGACCCUUCUGAUCCCAUGACACGAAGUGCGUAUACCACUCUUGUGAAAGCGCAAGGUCUGGAUAUCGGUUCUUGCGAGAUCGCAUUCCGAGUCUAUAAGAACGUUGUUCACGGGGAGGUGACAAUUGAAGAAGCCACUCAGAGUCUCAUCCAGCUGAUCGAAAGUCCCCCUUUUUAUAGGCCCUGGUUCAUCGUACCAUUCUAUGGCUUAGCAUCGGCCCUUGCUGCCCUGUGGGCUUAUGGCGGCUGGUGGUCCGAUAUGGCUAUAUCAUUCCUCCUCGGCUGUAUUGUCGGGACGCUGCAAAUUAUCGUCUCGGCGCGGAAUCCUCUUUACAGCAAUGUGCUUGAAGUCACGGCUGCGUUAGUUACCGCAUUUGGUGCCCGAGCGUUUAGUUCCAUUGGUGGAUCUUCUCAAAAGUAUUUCUGCUUCGGCGCCAUCGCGCAGUCAUCCAUCACGACGAUCUUGCCCGGAUAUAUCGUCCUUUGCGGAACGUUGGAGCUACAGAGCAAGUCCGUCACUGCAGGUUCAACGCGACUGUUCUAUGCCGUUAUAUACUCUCUGCUGUUAGGAUAUGGCAUCAACGUUGGCGCACAGCUUUGGCUUCUCAUAGAUGAGAACGCGCCGACUUCGGCAACCUGUCCCCGAUCUCUUGAUCCAAAGUGGCGCAUCUUGCUUGUGCCUAGCUAUCUGGUUGUUCAGGCCAUCCUCAUUCGCUCAAGACCGAGGCAAAUUCCAGUGCAAGUGCUAAUCGGGUCUGCUGCAUACACUGUUAAUUACUUUGUCUCUCAAUAUGCUACUGCCCAAGUAUCAGAUACGGCUGCGGCCUUCGCACUUGGCGUCAUGGGCCAUCUUUGGGCGCGCUCGCAGCAUGCAUUCGCCUUUGCCGCUGUCGUAGCAGGCAUUAUGGUAUUAGUUCCAUCUGGACUUUCAGCACAGGGGGGUCUGCUACUGGGUAUCUCAACGCCGCUGUUUAACAACGGCACGACUGAUGCUCAAGAUGUCUACGAGCAGAACAUAUACCAGAGCUUCAGUGUCGGCGCACAAAUGAUACAAGUCGCGGUCGGAUUGGCGACUGGGCUGUUCAUAUCGGCAUUGGUGGUAUAUCCUUUCGGUAGGAAGAACAAUGCCUUGUUCUCGUUUUAGAUUGGUGUAUAAAUGGAUUUCCGAGAGAGCACAAAUUUCAAACGUACUUCGUGAGAAGAAGAGGAUGAUGCACGGCUGAUUCGCGAACGAGCAAAUGUAUCGCUCUUAGGUUCUGAACCUCGAUUUGCUCGGAAAGACUUAGUAGCAGAUGCUAAAGGAUGUAAUCAAGUCGUGUGCAUGGAUAAAGAAACUACACUUGGUUUGGCUUAUUCACGAGAGCGCUUCGAUUGUCAGUCUACCUAAAUCAUUACUGGCUGACCACGUGCGACUGUCAAGAAAUUCCUGGGCAUUCCUACGGAAAGUCCACACAGGUGCCAAGUGGCUGGGACGUUGUUAGACCGUGGCUCCAUAAAUUUCAUCGCCCGUGAAGUAAAUCAAACUGUAAAACUUUUUAUCAGAUCGUCCCAUCAGCUUCGCUUCCUAUCC